AUGACCCAGAAUCUAGUUGUCAACGCUACUUGGGAGGGCCUGAUCCCAUCCAAUUUCUCAGGCCUACAGGAAAACCCUUUGACCCACCAGAAUAUCACCUAUGUUGAUUUCUACCUCCACAAGCCUUCUGUGGCUGCAGUCUUCACCGUCUCCUACCUGCUCAUUUUCCUGGUGUGCAUGGUGGGCAACGGGGUGGUGUGUUUCAUCGUGCUGCGCAGCAAGAAUAUGCGCACAGUCACCAACCUGUUCAUUCUCAACCUCGCCAUCAGUGACCUGCUGGUUGGCAUUUUUUGCAUGCCAACCACGCUGGUGGACAACAUCAUAACAGGGUGGCCAUUCGGUAGCGUAGUGUGUAAGCUAAGUGGUAUGGUUCAAGGGAUAUCUGUUUCAGCAUCUGUGUUCACUCUAGUGGCAAUAGCUGUUGACAGGUUCCGCUGCAUCGUUUACCCUUUCAAGCAGAAGCUGACCAUCGCCACCUCAAAGUUAAUUAUUGUUAUCAUAUGGGUCCUGGCUGUGUCAAUCAUGUGUCCCUCUGGGGUGAUGCUGCAGGUCACCAAGGAACAGAGGGUGCGAAUAGUCCUUGGCCGCAACAACGACACCCGCCCCUUCUACUGGUGCCGGGAAAACUGGCCCAAUCAGGAGAUGCGGAAAGUCUACACCACUGUCCUCUUUGCAAACAUCUAUCUCGCUCCUCUCAGCCUUAUCGUCAUCAUGUAUGCUCGAAUUGGCUUCACCCUUUUCAAGACCACUAUUCCCCCGCUGAGGGGAAGUGGAAUUGUGUCCGGAGAAGGCAGUGGCAACAAUAAGCCGAGCAUGGAGGGUCGUCUCACAAUUUCAAGGAAGAAGAAGAGGGUGAUAAUGAUGCUGCUGGUGGUGGCUCUGCUCUUUAUCUUAUCCUGGCUGCCGCUGUGGACGCUGAUGAUGCUGAGUGACUACGCCAGCCUGACAGAGCACCAGUAUCGUGUCAUUAAUAUCUAUGUCUAUCCCUUAGCUCACUGGUUGGCCUUCUUCAACAGCAGCGUCAACCCCAUCAUCUACGGGUUCUUCAACGAGAACUUCCGUAGGGGCUUUCAGGCGGCAUUCAAAUUCCAGCUGUGCUCCGCUGACAUUGAGCACCAGAAGACCUACUUGCAUCGGAUCCGAGCGAACGCUGUGCUUCCGGUCCAGCCGGCCACCCUGAGUAGAUCAGGCUCAGGACUCGGAUCAGUGCUGGUGGGGAAUGGUAAGUGCUCGUAUCAGGAAGCAGAAUGCUUGGCAGGUAAAGGUGACAUCAAAGAACAGGACCUGAUCAUGGAGGACUUGGAAAAGGUGUCCCAGAUUUAG